UAUAAUUCUUUUUCUCUCUCUCUCUCUCUCUCUCACACACACACACACUCUUUCUUUUUCUCUCAUCUACAUGUGUGAUCGACUUCACGAGUGCUAAACGUGAUGACAACCAAUGUAUGAUGUUACGUAGUGAGAUAUAAUGGAAGCCAUGAUCCGGAAUAUUUAUGUAAGUUCAUUUCGAUGAACCGAGGAAACAACUGUCAACGGACUGGCUCAAGAGAUUAACCGCCGUGAGUUUAAAAACAAUUAUAAAGUUGUUAUAUAAAUUGUCUGUGUAUUGCUAACUGGAAUCCCAAAGAUGGGCUCUGGCCAGAGUGCCCGUAAAUUGACCAUUUCGAAUGAAGAGGAUCUCGGAGUCAUCAAAGUGUCUAAUGCAAUUGUGCAACGUCUCGCUCAAGGGGAAGCAAUGAUCGAUAAAUCUUCAAGUGCGAAAUAUGAUACAGCGAUUCAGCAUUCAGCCGUUUCUAGUACUCCCAUAAUCCCACCUCAGGCUGAUGCAGCUGCUGUACAUCCAAUGCAUUAUUACCCCGAAUUGACAAUGUCAGCUCUUCAAAUUCAACAACGGAAGGAAGAAGAGCUAAAACAACAGGAACAAUACUGGCAGAGACGCCUGCAAAAUCUGAAGGAAGGUUAUCAAAGAAUUGAACGUACUUUAGAGGAAGAAUAUAAGAAAGCUGUUAAUGAAACAUCUGUCGCUCAAGUCGGACACGAAAUUGCUGCUCAAGAUACAGCACAACCAUGUUUACAGAAUAGUAAUAAAAUCUUACAAUGUUUCCAAGAUCAUCCAAAAGAAACUCUUAGAUGUUCCAAUUUAGUAGAAGAGUUUUCAAAUUGUGUUUGGAAUAUGCAUUACACGCACGUGAUCAAAGCGCGUGCGUAGUGUAUUUAGUUCCGUGUUUCUUACAAUGUAUAGAAUAUAUAGAAUUUUAUCUGUACACAAGAUGUUUCUCUAGAUCUCCCACAUCAUCUGUUAAUAGUAAAUAUGAUUUGAAAAAGAAAA